AUGUUUCACAGAAAAGCUCCUUUCACAUUUCGGAAUGGCGAGCAGAUACCUGAGUUGCAGAUCGCCUAUGAGACCUGGGGCCACUUGAAUGCCAAGCGCGACAAUGCCAUACUUCUUCAGUGUGGGAUGUCCGCGUCGUCACAUGCCGCCGCUCACGCUCGAAAUCCGGCACCAGGGUGGUGGGAGGACUACAUCGGACCUGGUAGACCUCUGGAUACCAACCUCUUCUUCGUCAUCUGCACCAACAACCUUGGUGGCUGUUACGGAUCCAGUGGGCCAUCGUCUUUCAACAGCGUCACCGGCGAACGUUUCGGAAGCAGAUUCCCACGAUUCGAGGUGCAGGAUCAGGUGGCCGCACAGUUCCUGCUCUUGGAGCACCUGGGCAUCUCCAAGGUCCACGCCUGUGUGGGGUCUUCCCUGGGAGGCAUGCAGAGCGUCUGUUCGGCGGCGAUGUUUCCAGAUCGGGUUGGCAAGUUUGUGAGCAUUUCUGCUUGUGCAAAGAGCUUUCCAGGCAGUAUGGCCUUCCGCCACGCGCAGCGUCAGGCCAUCAUGUCAGAUCCCCAUUGGAAAGGCGGUGACUACUACGAUGGCCCACUUCCCGCAAACGGCUUGAGACUAGCGCGACAGCUCGGGACCAUCACGUACCGAUCAGGACUGGAGUGGCAGCAACGCUUCGGGCAGAGCCUGGCCAAGGGCGUAACGAAGAGAGAAGGUUUGAAGAACGAGUUCAUGAUUGAGUCCUAUCUUGCGCACCAAGGGGAGAAGUGGGUGAACGCAUACGAUCCCAACUCCCUGCUUUGGAUCUCUAAGGCCAUGGACGGCUUCUCCAUGGAGAAACCUGACAAGGAUGGCAAGCUGAGUCUGUUGGACGGUCUGAAACCGGCGAUGAUGCCUGCUCUCGUGAUUGGUGUGCAGCAUGACGUGCUGUUCCCUGUGUGGCAGCAGAAGGAGAUUGCAGACACCUUGAGACAGGCCGGCAAUAAGCGAGUUGUAUACUACGAGCUGGACUCGGUUUACGGUCACGAUUCCUUCUUGUUGGACGCCGUCGCCAUCGGCCCGGCCGUUAAAGGGCACCUCGAGCAGGAGCCGGAGGGAGCUCGCCAUCUUUGGGAGGACCUGGCGGCCAGCGCGAUGGGCUUUCUCCAGGCGAGCGCCCAGCGUGGGAAUCAAGCUGACAGCAUGCGUGACAUCUUCCGAGCCCUCGGGCAAGGGGAGAAGGAGGUGGAGCGCGACCGCCUGAAAUCCAUGGUAAAGCUCGUCUGGUCCGGUCGGGUCAACGAGGCAGCAGUCGACAAGGCUUUUGACGCGAUGGCCAAGGAACCAUUGAUGCAGAUCGAAGAGUUUAUGGCAAUGAGACAGGUGCUGGCUGAGGCGAUGUCUGAUCCAUACUUGCCCUAG